GACUGCAGCGCGAAGAGAGGAGGCUGUGAAAUACUGGUGGCAGUGACAGCAAGCACCUCUGCCGGAUCGAUCCUCAGCAGCCUCCUGGCGGGCACUCUGCCCUUGCCCCACAGGGUGCCCUGGAGACGUCUUGGUCUGUCCUGGGAUAGAAUGCAAUGGGAUGCUCCUUGCAUAGCCUGCCAGCUUCUUCGUUUCCAGGUGGAAAAGAGGGAGGCUUAGUGAGGCCCUAACGCUGCCAGUUUUAGAUCCACGGAGGUCCACGGUCCCGCCAGUUACAGCCUGCACGUUCCCUUCCAGGGCCUCCCCACUGCCUGAAGCAUUUCCCAGUUGACCUGCGCACCUCCAUGGAUGGCAAAUACAAAGAGAUUGCUGAGGAGCUGUUCUGCCGUUCGUUGGCUGAUAGCGAAAUGCGCAGUGCCCCCUAUGAAUUCCCUGAAGACAGCCCCAUUGAGCAGCUGGAGGAGAGGCGCCAGCGGUUGGAGCGGCAAAUCAGCCAGGAUGUGAAACUAGAACCCGACAUUUUACUCAGAGCCAAACAGGACUUCCUGAAAAUUGACAGUGCUGCUGACUUACAAUUGUUUAAGGAGCAGGGCGAGGACCUGGUGGACCAUUUCCCAAAAGAGCGAGAUGUACUUCUUGAGAGGGAGUUCCAGAGGGUCACCAUUUCUGGAGAAGAGACGUGUGGGGUGCCCUUCACAGACUUGCUGGAUGCUGCCAAGAGCGUGGUGAAGGCAUUGUUCAUUCGGGAGAAGUACAUGGGGCUUUCUCUGCAGAGCUUCUGCAAAACCACAGCCCGCUUCCUGCAGGAGCUUUCAGAAAAGCCCUUGGCGCCCAAGAUGUAUGAGGAGAUCCCCGAGACCCCUGUGGCCUCAGAUGCUCCAGUGCACCCACCGUUCACCAGCCAGCAUCCUUAUGAGAAGUAUGAUCCUGAAUCAAUGCCUGGAGACCUUGGCUUUGGCCUCAAGAUGGUCAAUGGAGUAGUUCAUGUCUAUACCAAGCAGGACAUCACUGACAAGACCACAGAACUGGAUUUACCUUAUCCUGACCUGCAGGAGUUUGUUGCUGACAUGAAUGUCCUCAUGGCUCUGAUCAUCAAUGGCCCCAUAAAAUCCUUCUGCUAUAGACGGCUGCAGUACCUGAGUUCCAAGUUCCAGAUGCAUGUCCUGCUGAAUGAGAUGAAAGAGCUGGCAGCCCAGAAAAGGGUGCCACACCGUGACUUCUACAAUAUCCGGAAGGUGGACACGCACAUCCACGCGUCAUCCUGCAUGAACCAGAAGCAUCUCUUGCGCUUCAUCAAGCGGGCUAUGAAGAAGCACCUGGAGGAGAUUGUUCAUGUAGAGAAGGGCAAGGAGCAAACUCUUAAGGAGGUCUUUGAGACCAUGAAUCUCACAGCCUAUGAUCUCAGUGUCGACACACUCGAUGUCCAUGCGGAUCGUAACACCUUCCAUCGCUUUGACAAGUUCAAUGCCAAAUACAACCCUAUAGGCGAGUCUGUCCUGCGAGAGAUUUUCAUCAAGACGGACAACAGAGUCUCUGGAAAAUACUUUGCCCAUAUCAUCAAGGAGGUGAUGUCCGACUUAGAAGAGAGCAAGUAUCAGAACGCAGAACUGCGGCUCUCCAUCUAUGGCCGCGCACGGGAUGAGUGGGACAAGUUGGCCAAGUGGGCCGUGACCCACAAAGUGCAUUCCAACAAUGUGCGCUGGCUGGUGCAGGUGCCUCGUCUGUUUGAUGUGUACAAGACAAAGAAGCAGCUCGCCAAUUUCCAGGAGAUGCUGGAGAACAUUUUCUUACCCCUCUUUGAAGCUACAAUCCAUCCUGCCAGCCACCCUGAGCUGCAUCUCUUCUUGGAGCAUGUGGAUGGCUUUGACAGUGUGGAUGAUGAAUCCAAACCAGAACACCACAUCUUCAACUUGGACAGCCCCUUGCCUGGGAACUGGGUGGAAGAAGACAACCCACCCUAUUCCUACUACCUUUACUACACCUACGCCAACAUGGUGGUGCUGAACCACCUGCGCAGGAAGAGAGGCUUCCACACGUUCGUGUUGCGCCCCCACUGUGGGGAGGCAGGGCCCAUCCAUCACCUCGUAUCAGGCUUCAUGCUGUCGGAGAACAUAUCCCAUGGCCUCCUGCUCCGCAAGGCACCUGUGCUGCAGUACCUCUACUACCUGGCCCAGAUCGGCAUUGCCAUGUCGCCGCUUAGCAAUAACAGCCUGUUCUUAAGCUACCACCGUAACCCGCUGCCAGAGUACCUCUCUCGGGGCCUCAUGGUCUCCCUGUCUACAGAUGACCCACUGCAGUUCCACUUCACUAAGGAGCCCUUGAUGGAAGAGUACAGCAUUGCCACCCAGGUUUGGAAGCUCAGCUCCUGCGACAUGUGUGAACUUGCACGUAACAGCGUGCUCAUGAGCGGCUUCGGCCACAAGGUCAAGAGCUAUUGGCUGGGACCCCACUACCUGAAGGAGGGCCCCGAGGGCAACGACAUCCGGCGCACCAACGUGCCAGACAUCCGGGUGGCCUACCGCUACGAGACCCUUUCCCAGGAGCUGACCCUCAUCACGCAGGCUGUGCAGACGGAGGAACUGGAGACCAUCCAGGAGGAAGACCUUCUGACCAUGAGCUCCAGCCUGGAUGCUCGCUGAGGAACGCCCCUUCAUAGCCUCCCCAUUCUGGCCUGCCUGGGUGGGGCUGUUCCACAAGCAUGAAGAGGCCCUGGCCACCCCCUUGCACCAUGGACCUUUUUAAUUUUCUGUUGUGGUUCUCUUGUUUGUUUUGUUUCUCAGCCUAGUUACCUUCUGUAUCUGCUGGAAAGGCAUGAACGUUCCGUUUGCACUUGGUAACCUGCUGAGGCGUUUGGGGGUGGUAAACAGAAACUCCUACUGGGGCCUAGGAUGAGGAGGGAGAGCAGGAGGGGCUGGAGAGCAAGGAAGGAGCCUGUGGCCAGGAGUUGUUGAAUAAACAUCAGAGGCCUUAGCAUGGGAAUUCGUCUGCACAGAGGCAAAACUAAAAACGGGCAUGUAAGCAUGUCUCCUGGUUCUAGUCAGACUGAGGAGCUGUGUAUUUGGCCAAGCCAGGGGCUAAAGUAUAGAGGUGGACCAUUCUGACACCUCAAAUUUAUUUCCAUGUUACGUCCUGUACUUGGCUGUUGCUAGCUACGGUUUCUCAUUGGCCAGUAAACACCCUUUUUGGUGGAGCCAGCUCUGCCUUUUAUCACCAGUGUAGCAUGUUUCCACGGUUCCUGCCUGCUCAAUCACCUCCAGCUUUACGUUAGGGUCCAGUGUGAAGUAUGGCCAAUAGACAAGAGUCUUUGCUUUGCCAUUCAGAGCCUUCAAAUUUGUGGAAAAUCUCAGCCUAUAGGACAGGGAUGGGCAGCCGGUGGCCCUACAGAUGUUUUGGCCUACAACUCCCAUGUUUCCUCACCAUGGGCUGUGUGGGGUAGGGCUGAUGAAAGUUGUAGGCCAAAACAUCUGGAGGUCCACAAGUUGGCCAGCCCUGCUUUAGGAGGUGGAGUACUGUGAGCAAGUGGGGAGGUCAAGAUAAGAGAGAGAAACGAGCGUGCCAGAGACUGGCACUUUUAACUUUUGUGUAGCUUUUGUGAACCCCUCCGCCCCUCUCUGCAAUCAUGUAACAGGCAAAGGGGUUGUGUGUCUUUAUUAAAGGAACAAGAGGAGGCUGAAGAAGAUUGUUCUGGCACUGGAAGAAUAAAUCUGUUCCCUGUGGUGGGGGGAAGCCCUGUCCAGCAUGGAGAGAGUUUGGAGGAAAUGGACGUUGCUCAAGAUGGACAUGAUGCAGGAGAUCUGUGAUCAGUUCUCAUUUUUUAAAAAAAACUUUUUUACAGUUUUGCUUAGUUCAAUGACACCAAGGGAGAUGUGUACUUGUUCUAACUUGUCCCCAUAAAGCUGCUAUUAAGGGUAGGGAAAAACACCAAGAUGGUAUUUUUUUUUCUCCUCCGGUGGGGCAUGUAGCAGUAGGGUGGGCGUUAGAUGAGGAAAAUGGCACAAGGGAAAGGGUACGCAACACACCAGCACCGCUGCUCUAGUCAAAAUCUGACUGCUUCUCCCUGGAGCUGCUGUUUUUUUUUGUUGUUGUUGUUGUUUUAAGUUGAGAGAUUAUUCCCACGUCUGUUUUGGCCACUGUUCUAGUGCCUGAUACAUGUGCCUGUGGGGGAGAUGCAGCACCCCCUUAUAGGAUGCUUCCCAGUUGUCUUGAUCUGGGUAGACGGUUUAGCACCCAUUAGCCCUUGGUGCGCUUAGACAAUAACAUAUACAGUAGAGGCAACCUCCUUGAGCUUCGUAUUGGGUGGGAGAGAUGACCUCUUGUCAGGUUUGCUUCCUGCAUAAUGCAUAGGUACGUAGAGAUCUUCUUUCUGCAUCUGGCAAGAGGAAAAGCCAUUGAAAUGGCUCAGCUUUCUGAUCAGUAAAGUUGCUGCCGCUCCUGGAACAGCCUGGAGCCUCCAAGUGGAGGUGGGUAAUGAAUCCAGAGGAGAAGACAGGGAGUAACUUCUGCCUUCUUCCGAAGCCAUAUGUGACUCAGAUUGGAAAUGCAUACAAGAGGACAUGGUCCCAUGUCUUUCCCAGCCAAUGGGCCGCCAGCACCGGACCACGGGGCACAGGUCCUGGGCUGCACAGUCCAGGAGCCCCCCCCAAUGAUCCUCCCCCACCAAGAACCAGCAUCACUCCUGGCUGUACUUGUUUAUUCCUGCGUGGUAAAAGGUUCACAAUAGUUAGAAGCCCAUCCCUGUGGAAUGUCCUCUCCACAGGAUUCUGGCCAGGUGACUCACGAUCUCAUUGCUUCUGAACCUCACCUAUGGGCAGCCCACUAUAUUUAGGAUAUUGGGCCUCUCAUUAGCAGUUUUGUGCAACUAGUCUCAGUAGGGAGUUCCUUGUGAGCAUGCCCUCCUCAAGAAGAAGAGCCUCCGCUAGUUCUUGCUCCCUUCAGGCUCUUGGACAAAUGCUGUCGUCUUACCAAGAACACAGUCAGUGGCCGUCAGCUCGUUAGUGCUGCUUCUCGCAUGCUGCUGGGCACUAGUGCCUUGGCAGUUGCAAGCAGUUUUAAUUCAGUGGAAAUGUGUUUCCUUAAGCGUAGGUGAGCAGCAGCAGUAGUAGAUCGUGAGCAAUGCUUCUAAGGUGGGCAGGGAGCUUGCAGUGUCCUCCCUCCCACCCGGCUGCUGUGGACCAAAAUCAGAAGAUCCAUAUUGUAGCCAGUGCCUUGCUUUUAGAGUUGCGCAUGGAGUGUGCCAAGACUGGGUAGAUCCCCCUUGUGAUUCUACCUCUAAGACAGGUGUUUUUAAUGUUCUUCCCAUCCCUAUUUGUGAGUGUGUCUGUGAGAGUGUGUGAGGGGGACCUGGACCUUCAAGGGUUCACACACCCUCUUUGUAUGUCUGCCAUCCCACCUCUAUGGCCUGGAAGGGGAUAUCUUUUGAUCCCACAACCUCCAUGCUUUUGUUUCGGGUCUUCCCGAGUACCAUGAAAGCUUGCCAUGGAGGUGUCUUGCCUUGGUUUUUAACCAGCGGAGGUGCCUUGCAGUUCAAAACUAUCUUGUUUUGACCCAAAGCAGGGAAUUCAUGCAGAAAUUGAAUAUCAAGGUAGCUCAGUAAAUGGAACAUGACUGUUGUCUAAAUUAAGAGGGUUUUCUUACCCUCCCCUCUCCCCAUCAAUCUCCCUCCCCUCCUCCUCGCCACAACCUGCCUUGCUUCUUUUGGGUACUCAGCGGGUACCCCAUGUUAGUUUUGGUUGGAGGUGAACCUUGUAUCCCCCUGGCAAUCACUGCAUCCUCUUCUUCAUCUGAUAUUUCUAUGUAGUUUGGAUGAACUGUACGCUUGUCUGUGCUGAAAUAUGGUGUUAGAAGCCCUAUCAAAUAUGAGCAUGCUCCAUCAUUAAAGAUUAUUUAAGUA